CUUGCGGCGGACAACAACAACAACAACAACAACAACAUGGACCUCUUACAGAGCGUGGGGUCUGAUAAAGACACAAAGCUCCUGGAUCAGAGACAGGAGAGUGGCCCGAGUGGACCAAUCACAGAGUCAGCGGUUUGUCCCACGGAGCUUGGUACAGAGAGAGGGACAGACAGCAGGUUUCAACCUGUAGAAAGCAACUCUCCACAGUUUGCCCUCCAGGACAGUAACCUGUCUCCUGCUCUGUCAUUGCUGCCAUCAGACUCUGGAAUGGCACUCAACACAGACUAUUCUUUGUUUCAACAAAGUGACAUGGAAUUUGCUCCUUUAAGUGCUUAUCCAGACAUGUCAGUGGCUUCUGAGAAGUUUCAAAUCCCACCUCAUGAGUUCACCUCUCAGACACUGGAGCAGGCAUCUUUAAGUCAGCAUCCUUUAGCUCCAGAGAUAACGGUUCUUCCUGAAGAAGCAGGAAGUAGCUGCGGUUCCCUUUCUCAGCAGAGUUUAUCUCCAGAGGGUGUCAAAACAAAGGAGGAAGGUGUGCAUUUGGCUCCUAUUACAGAGGAAGAACAGGACAUUGCAUCCAAAGUUAUUUUCAGCAGCAAUUUGAAAAAAGUAGAAGAAGACACUUAUUUUCUGAACAAGGAUGUCCCAGCACAACAACUCAUGCAGAUCCUUCAGAAAGAUGUUGGUGUGCCCAGUAGCAGUAGUAGCACUAAUUCUUCUUCAAAAAUAUCUGAAACAAAAGAGUUUAAAAGUGCAGAUAAACCUGAUCGAAACCUUAUUCGCGAAGGUCCUCCAGGUGAAGCGUCAGUUUCCAAUCAGCAAUCACAAACAAGCAGAGAUUCAUAUAUAAAUGAGUCAAAAUCACAGUUAUCUGGUGUUUUUAAUAUAUCUGUUGGGCCCCGUUGUACUAAACCAGAUGACAGCAGUGAAGCUUUACGGCAAGAGUUAUUGAACAUUCAGAAGCGCAACAGUCGAGAAAGUAAUCAAGAACAAAAGAAGACCAAAACGCCAAAAGAGUAUGCCACACCUUUUCCAACUAGGAUCCCCAACCUUAAGGAUUUAGCCAAUGAAAAUGUCAACAGUACUUUAUCCACUGGACCAUUCUCUACAGGAAUUCCACAAAGACUUCGUGAUAUCAAAGAACACGAUAUCUGGUCUCCAGAAAAUCAAACUGGCAUUGAUGGUUCCUAUCUCGGCUUCCUUCCGCAGUCUCAGUCCACUCCUGGUGUUUUUAAAGCUCCUCCCAAAUCUAGUAUUAAGUCUAAAUUUCAACAACUUUCUGACAUUGAAUCCAACAAGGAAAGCUCUAUUCAAACCAGUGCAGACAUAUCAUCUCCUUUAGUGUCUGCUCCUAAUAUUGAAUCAAAAAGCCAAUGUGAAGAGGAACCAACUUGUGAUAAAGUCCAGUCAUUACCCAGUCUUAACUACAUGCAGAAAGUGGAUGCUUGGCGGGCUAAUCAAAGCUCGGGUAAGACAUCUUUGUUUGAUUCUCUGGCGUUACAAGGGUUUACCGGCGUUUCUCCAAAGAAAAAAGCUUAUGAUGCAGUUUCGGACUGUUUGAACCGCAUUCUCAGUCAGCAAGUUGUUAAAAUGACUCAAAAUGUUGCCCAAAAUCCCUACGUGGAUGUUUCUGCUACUUCCUCUCCCAGGAGAGAAGAGGCAGUGGGCAGUGCUCCCAGUGAUAACAUAGCAACUACACAAUCGGCUUCUCCAUUCAACCGGUCCCAAUCUCAUUCAUCACUAAGCACAGUUGUAAUGUCGGUCAAGAAGGAGCAAGCCACAGAAGCACGCAUAGAGAAAAAUGAGACCGAGGAAGUAGAAACCCAUCAACAACAAACUAAUGGAGAACUGUCACCUCUCGUAAUUAGUCUGGGUCAAUUUAGUGAUGCGACUCUCUCAAAUUCCCAGGACAGUUCAAAUUCUGGUCAGAAAGUUGCCACUUCUAUUGGGACGUCGUCUGUCAGCCUAGAAGUGGAUAACUAUGAUCCUUAUUGGACGGCAAAAUUGUCCACACCACCUCCACAGCACAAACCUCGAGAGUUAAAUAUUGAAGAAAGAAUCCCGUUAUAUCUUCAAAAUCUGGGCAUCAGUCAGUCUCCUUCCACCAUUCUGACACCAUUUGCCCCGAGAGGACCAAUUAGAGAGCCAGAGUUUUCUCCAACAGAGCUUGGCACAAUUAAAGGAUCUACUCCAACUAAAAGCAUCCAGCCUUCCGAAGGUGGUUCUCCUCACAAAGCAGAGUUCUCCAGGUCCAGCCUCCAGUCGAUGGACUCCAGUUUGUCUGUGCCUCUGAGUACAGAUGUGAUUGGACAGGAUCUUUUCAGGCCUGCCUCCUCUUCCUCCUCUGAUAUAUCUGCACCAGUUCAAAUUGACCCUAAAAUCCUCUCCUAUCCCAAUGAAGACCCCUCCAGUCAACAGCAAAGAGACAGCAUCCAAAACCAGGUCUAUUUGAGGCCAUCUUUAGACCAGGAGACUGACAAAGAGAUAUCUUUUGUUAGUUCUGGUGGUCUCUCAGAUAUACGCAAACUGCUCAGUCAAGCUGAAGCUAUAGCUUCGCCCAGGUUAUCAUCGACGUUUGAUAGAUUUUCCCCACAAAGAAAAGAGACUUCACUUACUCCUGCUUUCACUGCCGAAGAGUCCAAAUCUCACAGCUCCCAUCUCUGGACCAGGUCUUCAUCGGAUUCAGAUUUGACAGCAAGAGAAAGGCUCAGAGGUGAAAAUAGUCAACCUGCAAGGCAAAGUGGUGUGGUGAGCCGAAGUGCAGGUCUGUCUUUAGUCCUGAACAAGUCUGUCCAGAGAGCAGAGCCUGAGGGGUGCAGCGCAGCGCCCCCUGAUGGUGUCCCUCCACAACCCCAAGUACAGCUGCCUCCCCCCACCGCUGCCAUGGUGUCUAGUGGACCAGAGGAGAGUAAGGAGACAUCACAAGACACAUCACAGGACAGUCCUGCACAGAGCGUUACCACCUCCCCUGCCCCAGUGGAGUCAAUAAGUGACAGGAGCAGUGACAGGAGCAGUGACAGGAGCAGUGACGGGAGCAGCCACAGGAGCAGCCACAGGAGCAGCCACAGGAGCAGCCACAGGAGCAGCCACAGGAGCAGCGACAGGAGCAGCGACAGGAGCAGCGACAGGAGCAGCAAGAGCUCCAAGAGCUCCCUGGCGAUUCGAGUGGCAAAGUUACUGCAAACUGAGUCUCCAGCUACAAUGGUGUCCAGUACCACUAGUGUGGACCAGGAGGAGGGCAGAGCCAGAGAGUGGAUCAAGCAGAUGAUUUCAGGUCAGAAGUGUGAACCUCUGGAGUUGGACCAAGAAGAUCGAAGAAGAAUUGAAGAAAUCAAGAGGGAACUGUUACUGAAAAACCCCAAACUGGGCUAUGCCAGCACAGACACAGAGAGCAGUGCUGCAUCUAGCCUUCGAAUCCCAAGAGGACCAGCUCCACUUUAUCAAAUAGACCCUCACAAAUCAAAAAUCCUGGAAACACUGCCGGAACAGUCCAAGAGUCUUAGUCCAACUAUCCCACAGCUUAACACGCCACAACGAGAAGACAUUAUUGAAACCAAAGUUAGAGAAAUUGCAGCAAGAGAAGGCGUAAAUCUCCCUAAAACAAAAGCCUUGACUUCGAUCACAAUUUCAACUUGUCGACGGUCCACCUCCCCCUCUCCCUCAACUUCUCCUGCUCCUCCUAGAACCCCCAGCUCAGAGCCACUGCAUUUGAACCAGCUAACAACAGAAGAUGACAACAAACUGGUUGCCGAAACACUGGAUAAAGAUGUGGGUAGUCAACAUGAAGAAAUGGAUGAAAUAGCAGUGGAAAGCCCAGUCCUAAAUGAGAAAACCAAAACAGCAGUAAGGCAAGAUACUGUAGGCGGACAAGAAUUUUCACCUGUAUCUUCAGUGAGUUUGGAGCAAGAUAAAACGACAGACAGUUCACAGUUGUUCAAAAAAGCAGAAAUUAUUGAAUCAUCCAAGGAUUCAAAAUCUGGGCACGUUUCGCAAGUUCGCCUCCACCUAUCGCCAAAACCAAUGGAUUCUUCAGCGUUCACUCGGAAUGUUAGUUUACCCCCAAAACACGUUGUCCCACUCAGACACUCCUCCUCCUCACUCAGCAGUCCAGACGAGGGAGUGGGUAUGUCAAGUCCCCCCGAAUGGCAGGAGGUUCCCAAAAGAGGAGAGCGAUAUGAGACCAAAAGGGGGUUAACGCACCAGCAAAGAGUAACAUCUGCAAUUCAUGUAUCGCCAAAGCCUUUAGCUGUGAACUCAACAAGAGUACCUCACCUUUUGCCUUAUAAACCCAACGGUAGUGAGGAGCUCUUCUACGUCCCACAAACUGAAGCUGAUUCCUCCAAUGACACCACCAUGGAGAGCACCCAUACAGGUUCGGAUGACGCUCUCCCUCCACGCUUCAGCAGUGAUGUUUUGGGACAUCAGGACCCGGGUCUGGAUCGUGGAGUGACCAUAAGACACACAGAGGGGAUCUACAGCAAGAGACUGACCAAACCAGACUUCACCAUGAGCGAGCAGGGGCGCAGAGAUCCACCAGUCCAUGCACCUCAAACUCCAAAGCCGUCCUCCCCUGUCUUCACUCGAGUGUCUUCACCUGACACAGACCUCCCCCCUGCCUCCCGGAGAGACCAGGGGACCAGUCCUGUCUCAUUCCUCACCCACGAAUCUGCUCAAGCCUCCAAAAUACAAGACCCACCCAAACUUCAAAUGAGAAUUCAUCACCAGGACGACGACUUACCCUCCACAUCCAAGCAAAAUAUGAGCAACUUGGACCAACUGUGGCAGAGAUUUAAUGAGCGUUGGAGAGGGGAAGAGGAGCCCCUUGUCUUAAGAGAAAGAGAGUUUUCACUGUUGGAAAGACUGGAGCGAUUGUCCCGAAUCAUACAUAGCACACGGGACAGUGCCAUUUCAGAAUUGGAGAUGUCAAAUCAAGAAGUUCAACAAAAAUCUAGGAAAACUUUGAGAGAGUUAAAAAAGCAAAGACACGCAGACAAGAGCCAUAUCAGUUUUCAUGAUAGAAGAAGUGAAAAUGGGUCAAGAUAUAAGCACGAUUUGGACAAUUUGAAGCUUCCUAGUCCAGCAGAGCGAGAUGUUUCAUUGGAUUCUGUGUCCUCCACGUCGAUGUCCACGGUGGAUACGGACAGGCUGAUCCGAGCGUUUGGGGCAGAGCGAGUCCAGAGGAAUCUGAGGAGUAGCUCCAGUCUGAAUAAACUGUACUCCACCAUCAGCAAACAGAGGGAGCAAGAGGUCACGAUCUCGUCACAGAGCAGCACCAACGAUGAGUCCUCUGUGGUUGCUGAUUCAGCUUCAUCGACCUGCACUUACACCCUGCCUCCUCAUCGUGGUCCUUCCAAAUCUCUGGUCUCUAAGAAGGCCGUCAAGCUGGUCUCAAAAGGCAUUCAAGCAGGUGACUUGGAGAUUGUCAGUAAUGGGACGCGACGCAAUACUCGAGAUGUUGGGACCACGUUUCCCUCUCCUGGGGACGUCAGGGGUGUCAGACCGAGCUCCUCCUCCUCCAGCCUGGACCAAGAGCAUAAAACCCACCGGAGUGCCACAUCCAAGAGCCCAAAACGCAAGAAGAGUCCCUCAAAACGAUACCCACACGGUAUUUCCUGGUAUGUUUCUGCUGAUGAACUGAAAGUAGAGGCUCGUAAAGAGAAUGAGCCGGACGAGUGGAGGCCGAGCACCGGGUGGUUUGAACCUUUGAGUAAAAAACCUGCGUGGAGAGAGCCGCUCCGACAGAGACCAGUGGAGGAGCAGAGCAACACACUGACUGAAAGAAACUCGGGGAGAGAUAAACCCUCCUUCCCUGUGUCCCGGGUCAAUCUGCAGGAUGCGUUGCUUUUGGGACGUCCUGAUUUUGUGACACGGUCCCGUCAGAGGUUGGAGAGACUGGCUCUGCAGGUGGAGGAGAGGAGACUGCAAGCGCUCUUGAACCAGGAGAGAGAGGAGCUGUUGGUUCGAGCAGGAGGACCAGGGAGGCUGCCCCGACAUGCAGGUACUGCACAGUUGAGGAGAGCUGUGCCCAGGAAGGAGAUGAUCCAAAGGUCUAAACAGAUGUAUGAGAACUUACCCGAGGUGCGCAGGAGGAGGGAGGAGGAACAAAGGAAAGCAGAAUACAAAUCGUAUCGACUCAACGCUCAGCUCUACAACAAGAAAAUUACAAACCGGGUCCUGGGCAGAAGAAUAGCGUGGAACUAAUGUGAAUUUCAAAUUAAGACUUUUAAAACAAACUACCUGAAUGAAGUUUUAUAUAAUAUUUAUGUGGCCUAAUUUUAAAGAUUUUUAUUUUAAUAGACUAGUGUUUUUACAUUUUUAACAAAGCUUUUCUUGUAAUCCAGUGCCUAAAUUUUAUAGACAAUUUGUAUUAAAACGUUUUAUAUCAUG